CUUGCCAACAACCUCCAAUCAGAACCCUCGCCCCUCGGUCUCGCACUCCAUUUUAUUUCCCUUCACUGUCAAUAGACUCCGCAUUGCUCGCCUUCUCUACAUGUUUUCUUGAAAGAACAUGGAGAACCGAGAUCACAGAGCUCCGAUAUCGUCAGGACACGGGGUUUACUUGUGCAGUAAAUGUGGGUGGCCUUUCCCGAACCCACACCCGAGUGCUAAACACAGGAGAGCCCAUAAGAAGGUAUGUGGAACCAUUGAUGGGCACAAGGUCAUUCAACCUGAACUUACCCCUUUGGCAAUUUCAGAGGAAGAAGAACAACCACUAUCGGACGAGGGUCGGACCCCAAGUCCUAAGAUUGAAGGCAAAAGUUUGAAGGAGGUUGCUGGCAGCUGCCAGUCUGCUACUAGAUCAGAAGACGAGCAUUUCUCCGAUGCUAUGGCAGAGUUCUCUGAUAGUGGACUUAGUCCCGGAAUGGAUGAGGGUUCCGAGGUUGUUCGGAAGUUGGUUAGGGAUGUGGAGAAGUUUGAGGAGGAGGGCGAUGGAUUGCUCAAGGUUGAUGCUAGUAUUGUUGAUGAUCCAUCAAGGACACUCCAAAUAGGAGAUCUUCAACAGGUGGAAAGUGAAAUGAAGUCACCGGAUGCUUCGACUCUGCUUGGAUCAACAUCUAAAGAAAGUACAAUUGGGCUUGACGAAACAAAUGGUCAACAACUGGAAUCCGUGGAGGAUGAGAAAGAAACAACUGAGAAUUCCCCAUUGAGUGAUGAUAGACAUCAAGAUAUUUGUGCAAAAGACUUUGAACAUGCAAAUAUCGUCGAUGCUCCAGUUGAUGAAGUACUGCAAGAGGCAAAUGAAGAGAGUAGUAGCCCGAGCGAGAAUGUAUGUGGAAACUUAGAGGUUGGUGAAGAAAGUGAUGACUUUCUUCAAGAUUCUACUACUACAAUGCAUGGUAUGAGCACUGAUGACAAAAACCAAUAUGAGUCUGUUGGAGAUAAAGAUGUGCAUAUGCUAUCUGUGGAUGAAGGCAUAUCAUCUUUAAAAUAUUCUCAAGAUCACGGAUCUUUAAAGUCCAGUAUUGCAUUUGGCAUGGACACCAGUAUUGAACUACUUAGCUCUACAGAAGAUGAGGAUAAAACCACUCUAGAGGAUAAUGUUCAGUUCGUAAUGGAUGCAUGUAAGCCUGACCAGCAACUAGUUGGGCCUCCAACUAUCUUGGAUGCUUUGGGGGAUGACAUUACGAAAGAUGGUGGUGAAGUUCUGGCUGAUGGGAAAAAUGAUAUGGGUGGAUCAGAGUUGAUAAAUGAUGAACAUUUUGAACCUUAUGGAUUGGUAUCUGCUACAGCUACUCCGGAGUCACCUGCGUUAACUAUGGAACCAACUAUUAGUCUUUCUAUGGAGGACAAGUCUUCAGAAAGUCAUUUGAGAGAGGAUGUUAUACAAUCUAUUUCCACAAUCAUAGAUUCCAAGGCAGAUGAUAUUGAGAAUCCCAUUGAGGAAAGUUCUCAUUCAUAUGGAUCAAAGGUGAUAAAUGAUGAGAUUUUUGGAUCUUGUGGAUCAGGGCCUGCUACAUCUACUUUGGAAUCACCGAUAUUGAACUUCGAGCCAGCUAAUAGUUUGCCUAUGGAGGAUGAAUCUUCGCAGUGCCAGCCACUGGGCGGCUCAGAUGAUAAUUCCUCUGUUCCUCAUGUUUGCGAGGAAGACAAGCAUGCUAUUAUAUCCGAAGGAAGUGAAAUUAUUUAUGAUUGUGGAAUAGAUAAAACAAAGAUGUCUUUUACUGCUGAAAAUGAUAGCAGUGAUGUCUUUCUUCAAGAUUCUACUACAAUGCAUGAUAUGGGCACGGAGGACAAAAGCCAAUAUGAGUUUGUUGGAGAUAAAGAUAUGCAUAUGCUAUCUGUGGAUGAAAGCAUAUCAUCUAUAAACUAUUCUCAAGAUCACAAAGAUUGGGGAUCUUUGAAGUCCACUAUUGCACUUGACAUGGACACCAGUAUUGAACCACUUAGCUCUACACAAGAUGAUGAUAAAAGCACUCUAGAGGAUAAUGAUGCUUGUAAGCCUGACCAGCACCUACUUGGGCCUCCAACAAUCUUGGAUGCUUCGGGAGAUGAGAUUAGGAAAGAUGGUGACAAAGUUCUGGCUGAGGGGGGAAAUGAUAUAGGUGGAUCAGAGGUGAUAAACAACGAACAGCUUGAAUCUUAUGGAUUGGUAUCUGCUACAGCUACUCCGGAGUCACCUGCAUUAACCAUGGAACCAACUGUCAGUCUUUCUAUGGAGGACGAGUCUUCAGAAAGUCAUUUGAGAGAGGAAGUUACACAAUCUAUUCCCACAAUCUUAGAUGCCAAGGCAGAUGAUAUUAAGAAUCCCAUUGAGGAAAGUUCUCAUUCAUAUGUAUCAAUGGUGAUAAAAGAUGACCAUUUUGGAUCUUGUGGAUCAGGACCUGCUACAUCUACCUUGGAGCCACAGAUAUUGAACUUUGAGCCAACUAAUAGUUUGCCUAUGGAGGAUGAAUCUUUGCAGUGCAAGCCACUGGACGGCUCAAAUGAUAAUUCUACUGCUCCUCGUGUUUGCGAGGAAGACAAGCAAGCUAUUAUAUCUGGAGGAAGUGAAAUCAUUUAUGAUUGUGGAAUGACUUUUACUGCUGAAAAUGAGAGCAACAAAGAUUAUUUACCGGAUCAGCAUUCUGCUGACUCACAGAUAGCUGGGAGUGAGCACAGAGAAAAAGUUGAUGCAAACGACGAUAUGGGAAACACAGAACCGAUGCAUGAUUCUUCAACAGUGGUAGUAGAAUCAACCAGUGCAGAUGAGAUUGAUGAAAGAAAAGAUGGAAGUGUGAUAGAAGCUUCUUCAAUUUCUCGUCACCACGACAUGAAUUUGGGAAACAAUGAUGUGGUGGUAGAUGCUAAAAGAGCUCUUGAGGUUUGUUCUCUUCCUCCUGUAAAGAAGGGUGAAGAUGAUGAUGACAAACCCGGGAAGCAGCAAGAUGGUGGUGCCACUGUAGUUGAUAAAUCAGUUGCAUCAAGUAGCAGAACUGAUAGCUUGGAAGCCAACUGGGGAUCUGUUUCAGAGUCAACCCUGCAUGUUGAUGGAGGAGCACAGGAGAAGCCCAGCUUGCAGGAGACAACAGCACAAGCUGAAAGAGACCCUCACACAUUCGACGACAUUGUUGACCAGAACGUGCACAAAGAUCCAUCUGAUGAAGCCGCUGCUGUUGGGAAUGAAGAGUCCCAGCAAGGCAGGACGAAGAACGAGGAGGAGAGAAUUGCCAAAGUCACAAACUGGAAACAACAACACACUCCCUUGAAAAGCCUGUUGGGGGAGGCCAAAUCGCCUAAAAAAGACGAAACUGCCACUGCUUCUUCCAAAGUCACCACCACCACCACGGUGAAUUCGAUUCUAAUGUCAGAGGAGGGCCAGCUGAAGGAGGUGGAUAAAGAAUGGGAUUCCCCAGCAAGGUAUCGUCCAUCAGUUGAUAUCAAGAAGGAAAGGAAGAAAGGGAAGACAUACUGGGUUCCAUUUGCUUGCUGCUCUUCUUCUUCUGUGCAUUGAUUGAUUAUUAUUAUGACUGUUUGUGGAUCUCUUUUGGGACAAUUUCUAUUGUUGCAUUUGCCUUGCCAUUAUGUGGGAUUGAUGUAAAGGGGAAGGGAUUUUAUUUUUUUUAGUUCACAUUAACUACUACGUACUUCAUUUGUAUCAAAAUGAAUUUCAAAUAAAAAACUGAAAUUUUG